UGUGGAACGGUUUGGUUCGUAUAAAGUCAUAUUGAUGUCUUUUUAUAUAAAAGUGAUUUCUGGUAUCCUAAUGUUCAGUCUUGGGAGAUCCCAUACAUGGCUGCUUGCAGUAUUUUUUCUCAUGGAUGUGAGCCUGCCAAAUGCCACGUUCAGCUUUUUCAACUUAUCGCUGACUGAUAUCAUCGACGAUGACGUGGUACGAUUUCAACGAAGAUCACCACUGUCUUCUAUGAUGUUUGGUACCAAUGCGUUGUUUACAAAACCAGCCCAAUCUGUCGCUCCUAUGUUGGUAGUCAGUAUACUCAAUCGUCAUGGAUACCAGUCAGCUAUAUCUCAUGGACACAUAGAAGACAAUCCUGAAUUGCUUGAUGCAAUAUUUCUAUUGGUCUGUGCAGUGCCCACUGUACUAGGAGUGUGUCAGUUGUUGGCAUGGUUACAGUAUACACUACGAAGCAGCCAUCUUGUAACACCAAAAUAUAUUGAAACUUAAACAGGAAAUGUUUUGUACACUCUAUUUUGUGUGUUACAGGUGGUUUUAUUUCAGUACCUUAAUUAUUAUAACAUUUACCGUUUUCUAGGUUUAUUGAAUGUCAUUCC